AUGCUAUGGAUUUAUGAAUCCGUAACAUGUUCAGAAAAGCCCUGGAUUAUAUUUAUAGUGACUCUAUGUGAAGGUAUGGCCUCACAAGUCUUGGUUUACCCACCACACAUUUAUCAAACCCAGACAAGUGCCUUUAGCAGUGGGAAGAAACUCAAAGUUGAGCCCAGCUGUGUGUACCAUGAGAGAGCACAUCCGCGGGCUUAUCUGAACAGACGAAUCCUUGGUAUUGUGAACCCGACGAAAGCCGGCUCGUUCUUGAGCCAAGACUUGACGGCGGGCUCGAAAGUGUUCGGAGGACAAGUUUAUCCUGUGAAGACAGUGAUCGUGCGGGGCGUCCAGAGACAACAGCCCGUGAAAAGAGGUGGAGAAUCGGGCCCAACUGUGGUCCAGCAGCGCCAGAAAACAGGGGUAAUCCAUAAGCAGAUCCAGGAACAACACCAGCCACAGAAGACAGUCACAGCAAGUGGGGGCAGCAGUGGAGCAACAGGGGCAGGAGGAGGGGGAAGGGGAGAGGGCUGCAGUGGAGGAGUUGAGGGAGGUGGAGAAGAGGAGGAAGGUGACACAGAAACAGGCUGUGGAAGUUUGAACUCGGCUGACAGCUCUCAGCGAUGUGGACUGAAACGUAAAAGUGAGGAGCUGGAUAAUCGAGGGAGCACCAUGCAGAUUGUGGAGGAACUGUCAAUGUUGCCUGCCAUGUUGCACACAACGAAUGUAGGAAACGCAGCAGCAGCUACCGCGCCUGCGGCCGUGGGGGGUGGAGGGGGGACUUCCAAACAGACUGUAGGACCCGUGGGUGUUGGUGCAGCAGGAGGAGCGGGAGGAUGUGACGGGGACUAUCAGGUAGUACAGCAUGAGGUGCUUUGCUCCCUGAAGAAUACUUACGAAGUGCUGGAUUUCUUGGGCCGAGGCACAUUCGGACAGGUUGUAAAGUGCUGGAAAAGAGGCACGGGAGAGGUAGUGGCCGUAAAGAUCCUGAAGAACCAUCCCUCUUACGCUCGACAAGGUCAAAUCGAAGUAGGCAUCCUUGCUCGUCUCAGUGGGGAAAAUGCAGACCAACACAAUCUGGUGCGAGCCUUUGAAUGCUUCCAACACCGCAGCCACACCUGCCUUGUGUUUGAGAUGCUCGAGCAGAACCUUUAUGAUUUUCUGAAGCAGAACAAGUUUAGCCCACUGCCCCUGAAAGUGAUCAGGCCUGUACUACAACAGGUGGCCACGGCUUUGAAAAAGUUGAAAAGCAUGGGUCUGAUACAUGCAGACCUCAAACCUGAGAACAUUAUGCUGGUGGAUCCGGUGAGGCAACCCUACAGGGUGAAGGUGAUAGACUUUGGCUCUGCCAGCCACGUCUCCAAAGCAGUCUGCUCCACGUACCUUCAGUCUCGCUACUAUAGGGCUCCAGAGAUUAUUUUGGGUUUGCCAUUUUGUGAAGCCAUAGACAUGUGGUCCUUGGGCUGUGUGAUAGCUGAGCUUUUUCUGGGCUGGCCGCUUUACCCUGGGGCCUUGGAGUAUGACCAGAUUCGCUACAUUUCUCAGACACAAGGUUUGCCCGGAGAGCAUUUACUGAAUGCAGGAACGAAGACGGCACGUUUCUUUUGCAGAGAGUCUGACUCGCCUUAUGCAGUCUGGAGAAUAAAGUCUACAGAUGAGCAUGAGGCCGAGACGGGGAUGAAGUCAAAGGAAGCGAGGAAGUACAUCUUCAGCUGUUUAGCUGACAUAGUACAUGUGAACAUGGUGAUGAAUCUGGAAGGCAGCGACUUGCUUGCAGAGAAGGCAGACCGCAGAGAGUUUGUGUGUCUGCUGAAAAAAAUGUUGCUUAUUGAUGCAGAGGAGAGGAUCGCACCCGCCGAAGCUCUCAGUCACUCCUUUGUCACAAUGCAACACUUGCUGGACUUCCCUCAUAGUAACCAUGUGAAGUCGUGUUUCCACAUCAUGGAUAUUUGCUCAACCCGUCCUAACACAUAUGAGGCCACCAACCGAAGUAAGGGACCCUUCGUCAGACCUGGGGCUGCUGCUGCUGCAGCCACAGUCAACCACCCAUUCAACAAAGUGACUGUCGUCCAUCCUCAAGCAUUAGCGGCCUCUGCCCCUUCAGUGUUGCAUCCUGGAAUACCAUUACAAACAGGAAGUGGACAGUUUGGAGCCAACGAGUCAUUUCAACAGGCACUCAUCUUAUGUCCCCCCACCAUCCAAGGGAUACCCACCAACACUGUGAAACCAGCUGGUUACCCUGUUCGAAUGGAGGCCUCCGUGCCUCUGGUCACUCAAGCGCCCCCAAUUCAGCCCAUCCAAAUAAGACCAGGAGUAAUUACACAGGCCUGGUCGAACCGAGCCCAGCAGAUUUUGGUGCCCACUUGGCAGCAAGUGACAUCAGUUCCCCCACCACCAACCACAUUGGCAUCAGAGACUGUGGCGGGCCCACCGAGAGUGGGUGACUGGGGGAAAGUACGUCCCCAUGGUAACCAUUACAGCUCCAUGAUUGCCCACCCUCAGCCAUUCUUAACCAACCAAAUGACCAUGCCCGCCCACCAGCCAAUAAACAUAGGCAUUGCACAUGUGGUGUGGCCGCAGCCUGCUGCCAACAAGAGAGCGAAGCCUGGUGCCAACAGAGGCAGCAGCUUUUUCCAAAACACAAACAUCCAAAAUUUACCUUGCCAGUCCCCAAAGAUGGCUGAUACAGCAAAGAAUGUGGAAGAAGCAGCGGAGGAAGAAGCUAGGUGCCCUGAAAAGGGGCAUGCUGUUGUACAGGAGCAUGAAACGGAGCGGGCGGAAGAGGAAGACGAUGACAACUGCUGUAAAGUAGAGCCAGACUGCGAGGACCUUUCGGUCUCACAAGAGCAACGGCACGCCAUGGUGAUCUCCGAGCUAACUAGCCCGUCUGUAAGCGUCAUCAGUAUCAGUAGUGAUGAAGAGGAGGACGCACAAAGACACUCGAUGGGGGAAUGUAAAGGAAGUGCAGAUUGCGAGGCAUGUCAGAGCACAGUUAGUAUGGAGAGAGUCUGUUCCCUCAGCAGCCCUGACAGCACGCUCAGCACCAGAUCGUCGGCUUCUGUGCAGUCCAGCACGUCACCCUGUAAACAUACCAACAGCAUGUCUGAUGAUGAGCAGGAGAGUGGGUGCGACACAGUGGACAUCUUACCUGCCUCAAACGGCAAUAACAACAGUCCUUUCCCUGAGCGGCGUUACAUCGCUAACAGCAAUCAGAACUGCAAGUCUCAUGUUACGUGUGUUGCCCUGGAAACAGAGUCCAGCAAGCCAGCAGUGCGUACGGCCGCUGUACCGCCAAUGAGGGUACAGAACAACAACACUGUCAGUGGAACGCCAGUUCUGGAGUCUUCAUACCAGUCGAAAGGGAGAGGCCCUUCUGGGCGACAUCAUCACCACUCUACUCCUCUCCUCAACCGUUCCCAAAAGAUCACCCCUUCAUUCCAACCCCAACAGCAGCAACCCAUCGGCUUUGGGCAGGUCCAACAUUUCACUUCCUGCCACCAAGAAUGGAACGGCAACUUCACCCACCGCAGACCGCAGGCUUUCAUCCCACCCACCAUCCACGGGCCCGCAUUCACCUUGUCCCACAGCAGUCCGACCCACUCUGCGGGCCACCCCCACCUUGGUGGACACCCGCAUUCCCAACCCACGUUGUUGUCCUAUCCCCCGUCUGGUCCAUUGGUCACAGCUGCACCCGUGGCCCACCUCUUGGCCUCCCCUGGCGCCUCACGUCCUGUCAUUCAGCCCGCUUACAGCAUCUCUCACCCAGCGGGCAUUGUGCAUCAGGUCACGGUUGGCAUCAACCCCCGGCUUUUGCCAUCCCCAACCUUGCAUCCCCAAGGUCAAUUCAAGCCCCUCUUCCCCCCGCAUUCCUACAUAGCCUCGCCUGCCUACGCCAGUUUCCCACUCAGUCCCACCAAAAUAAACCAGUAUACCUACAUCUGA